UCUAUUUUUAGCAUCAGCUGUUGCAAUACAAAGAUUAGCUACUCGGCGUAUUGUUUCGUAGAUGUGGGCAGUUCACUCUCGUCUGAGGCGAAAGGGCGGCGGUGGUUUGAAGUCGAGCUGGAGGAUGAGGAGAAACAUGUCGGUGUGAGGACACGUCGCCGUUGCGCCAGAGGGAAGCUCGUUGUAGCCAGCCAGGUGCGUCUUGUCAGCCACCUGCUAUCCUACCUACUUCCCACCUUUACCGCCACUGUAGAGGGUAGCCAUGGCAACCAGCGCCGUGCCAAGUGACAACCUGCCAACGUACAAGCUGGUGGUGGUGGGGGAUGGGGGUGUCGGGAAGAGCGCCCUCACCAUCCAGUUUUUCCAGAAGAUCUUCGUGCCAGACUACGAUCCCACGAUUGAGGACUCGUAUCUUAAACACACAGAAAUAGACGGACAGUGGGCCAUACUGGACGUACUGGACACGGCCGGUCAGGAGGAGUUCAGUGCAAUGAGGGAGCAGUACAUGAGGACGGGAGACGGCUUCCUGAUCGUCUUCUCGGUGACGGACAAGGCCAGCUUUGAACACGUUGACCGAUUCCAUCAACUCAUACUACGGGUCAAAGACAGGGAGGCCUUCCCCAUGGUGCUGGUCGCAAACAAAGUGGACUUGGUCCACCUAAGAAAAGUCACAACUGACCAGGGGCAGGAGAUGGCUGCAAAGCAUAAUAUAACUUAUAUUGAAACCAGUGCCAAGGACCCCCCAAUGAACGUGGACAAAGCCUUUCAUGAACUGGUUCGUGUUAUAAGACAACAGGUCCCAGAGAGAAACCAGAAGAAGAAAAAGAAGAUGAAGUGGAGGGCGGAGCGUUCCACGGCCUCCCACAGGUUCCACUGCGCCAUAUUGUGACCAAGCUCAUCAUCUCCAUCAUCUAUCACGCGCACACACACACACACGCACACACACCAACAAACCUUUGGAUGUCAGGGAACUCCCCAGCAGUGGUCAAACUACGGGAGCACAAAAGGGACUGGGGGUUGGUUGAGGAAUGACUCGAUGGAUCCAGGAAGGAUGAAAUUGAUCUGAAAUGUUGGACUCUGCCCCUCACGAUGCCUCGGACUGAGCGCUACGCCUGCCCCCCUCACUAUAUGGUCCUUUUCAAAGGUUUUUCUUCUUUCUUUGAGAACCUCUCCCCAUCUGUACUCGUCCCUGAAAUACAUAGUUAUCUAAUUUAUGAACUUACUAUGAAACGUGGCACAAGAUGACAAACUGUCCGGGAAAGACAGAGGUCAGAAUCACCUUGGACUUGGAACCUUUUGUCCUCUUGAGCAAGGGAAGGAAAAGCAGCGGUGUUUGUGGUUUUGACUCCCAGCAGUCUGUCCCCACGCACCUUCAAUUCCGGUGGGAAAAGCUCCGACGUGAUGCCCGACGAGGCCGGCUUUGGAUCUCUGUUCUUUCUGCAGAGCGGACGAAGCCGAGAGUGGUGACAAUAGAUGUUGUGCAGUGUCGUCGAUACGUGGACGGUGAGCCCAGUGAGUAUAGUGAGCGUGAACAUUGUGGUGAUGUGGUUUGGAAAUGUCAGUUUGGAGGGCGGCGAGAGGGCAAGUGAAAGAAACGUGUCAUAUGUGUCAGUGAAUGCUACGAGCAGAUCAGCAAGUGUUUGAUUAUUGUUAAAGAGAAUACUGAGACCGGUUGGUGUGGCGAUCUGUUAAAGGCCUUGUUUACACUCUUACGCGGGACUAGUUUCUCACGUGCAAACAGACGGCACCAGGAGCCACUUUGUCUCUAAGUGUUUGACGGUUGGUUCGGUUGCCUCUUCAGUCAUCGUCGUCGGUAACGAGUGCAAUCUGUUAAGUACUGUACGAUCAGCUGUCCUGAUACUUUUCUUUUCCUCCCAUGUUUUUAUAGCUGAAAUAUUACAGAAAAAUAUGAUUAUAUUUGAUAUUAAAAACACAAACUGUGGCAAUGUAAACAGAUUCAGUGCUGUUUUACAGAAGCUCUCCAGGAAAGUCUUAAUGAAAUAGAAUAAGGGAUAACGAGAGCUUCGUGAUUUGCGCUGGCCACUAACCAAAACCAUGUGAUGUCACUUUAUUUCAGUCUCGAGGCUGUUCAGACUGCACCACUGAAUUCAGGACUACGUCAUAAGAUAAAUCUGUGUGGGGGGUAAAAACGGUAACCUGGGAAUGUGUCGGCGGCGCGGCGCUCCCAGGGCUGAAAGCCAUGUUAGCUUAGCCACAGACCACGGUUAGGUGUAGGGAAACUGCACACUAGAAGCAACAACACGCUCAGUGACUCGGUGCUCGUGGUCGUGCGGUGGAUAGGAAUGUACAGUUUAAUAAUAUACGAAAUGGCUCGUACUGUUAACGCACUAAAGUUUCAGCUGACACUUUGCUCUCUGGAUGAAUACGGACUCUUGAAGGAAGGAGUGCAUCUUUUUUUUUUUCUUUUUGCACUUUUAAUACGAUUUCUCACUUUCCUAUCGGCAUGUUGUUUUCUUUCUGAAUCAGUAAUAGAAGCGAGGAGCACGGUAACAACGUCUGAAUGUAAAAAUAGGGAAAACGAAGCGAGCUGAUAGGUGUCGUAACGCUGUGUGCCUGUUGCCUCCGUGGUGAUUGUAACAGAGUAAAACUAGGAUGGGACUAAAAAUAUUCAAAAGGUAUUAAAAAAAACGUUGUUCGGUAUUCAGUUUUGAAUUUAAGAAGGCUGCCUGUGAAAAAUCAUUUAUUAAAUGACAAAUUCACCUGAGCGUGGAAGUGGGAAUCGCCCUCUGCUAAAGGAGGAAUACAACAUUGACAGUACUGAUCGACAUUUACUGAUCAGGAGUUUCCAGAAAAAGACUCCAGCUAUUACAGAAGCAACAGACUCCAGGAAAAAAGAAGAAAAACCGAAUGUGUUGAAAAUGUUGCAUCAUGUGUGUUUGAUACCAUUUUGUAUUAUUGAUAUGAAUCUUGUGUGUUUUAUAAGGAAUUAAAUAAUUUAUUACUGUCUGUUACCUCAGUGUGUCCCAGACCUGGACAAAAAAAAGCUCCCCACUGUGUUUGUUUUUUUUAUCUUGGAGAUUCUUCACAUUUGAGUCUCAUAUUUUGGACCAAGAUGAAAAACCUGUUUGGUCCUGAGCUGAAAAGGCAUAAGGAGCUCUGCUUUACUGGGUCCAAGAAAUUUUCAAAUUUCCUGGUGAGGCUCGUGCUAAACUAAGCGAACUACCUGCUGGUAUCUGUUUUUUGUCCAGAAACAUUUGAUUGCUGCCUUUCUCGGGUUGAUCAAAAUCCCUGAGGAAUCCUGAAAGGGCGAUUGUGAGUAAAUGAAGAGCUUCUGUUUAAAUUAUGUAACCGAUUUCAGUUUUAUACAUCCCGAAACUUUGUAAGUGAAUGAAGGUGGAAACUUUUACAUUUGGUUUGCAAAAAAGGAGUUUUCACAAGUUGUGUAACGUGUUUUUUGGCAGGUCUGUUGUGUUCUAACUGGCUGUGUCAGACUGAGGCGCUAGACGAGGCACAAUCUGUGGCCUUCUUCUCUAGCCUCAGGGGUCGAUUAUAUUUCAAUAAAAUAAAUAACAGGA